AUGGGUCGGAAGAUGGUGAAGAUGGCGAGGAUAACGAACGAGAAGACGAGGAUAACGACUUACAGGAAGAGGAAACUAUGUUUGUAUAAGAAAGCCAAAGAGUUCUCAACACUUUGCGGCGUGAAGACGUGUCUCAUUGUGUAUGGCCCGAGCAGAGCAGGGGACGAGGUGGUCAUGGAGCCCGAGUUAUGGCCCGAGAAGGAGAACGAAGUCCGAGAGAUCAUUAGCAAGUACAGAGAAACUGCGUCGAGCAGCUGCACCAAAACUUACUCAGUGCAAGAAUGCUUGGAGAAAAGUAAAAUUACUAAGGUGGAGAAAGUGAAGUAUUGUCCAUGGGACAAGAGGGUCGACAAGUGUUCUUUAAGUGAGCUCUAUGCGGUUUUCGUGGCAGUAGGAAACAAGAUUCAGGAGGCUGCGAAUAGGACUCAUCAUCAGACGUAUUCAGACAGUACUCCUUGGUCUACUGAUCAACUUGGUUUAUUCGGUUAUAACCAGCAAUGUUUUGAGCAGCAUCAGUUGUUUCCUAUGUCUACUUUGGAGCAUAAUGGGUUCACUUUACUCCCUUUUUUAAACCAGCUGACCUUAAACUCCGGGGAAGUGGCUUCCUUCUCGACAGAGCAGGAGAUGGCAGCCCAAGCCAUGUUUUACGCGAGUUGUUCGGAUGGUCAAUAUCCUCCGAUGGUACAGAGGACAGCUUAUUUGGAGCCAAUGCAAUGGGGUUUAGGGAGCGGUAUGUUCAACAACGUGAAGCCGUUCACUGACUAUCCCAUGAGGUUUGGACAAGUUUGUGACUUGGAGAGUUCUGGUAAAUCUCCUAUGUGA